ACAAGUGUAUGAAGAAGGCCACUUUUAGUUUGUAGGAGAGAGGAGCAAUGCCUCUUGUGCUUCUUGUUUCUCUUUCUAUUUCUGUCUCUUUCCUGACAGAAUCACAUGCCAUGCAGACAGCUGCAGACCCACUCACAUACUCAUCCCACAUGGAUGAUGAAUCAUGGUUGUAUGCGAUAACAGCCUACAAACAUCACAUCUGACCCACAAAUGCCCUCCAAACACUUACUCUUCCCUCCUCUCUCAGUCACACACACAAGAAUAUUUUUUUUUCUUUUUGAUUGUAUUAUGAGAUUAACACAAGGCAUUUCUCAUUGCCAGUGACAUCUCAUUAAGGUAUCUUUGAUGUAUAUAUUCAAUAGAGGUAAUUUUUUGGUUUCUUGUGUUUGCAGUUAAUGUGGGAAGUGCUUUGUCUUUUUAAGGGUUUUGGAUAAAAGCACAAUCUGUGGUUUGGAAUUUGGAUUUUUUUAAGGAAAAUGUUAGAAGAGGUUAAAAGAGAAAGAAAAAACUAGAGAGUUCAAAGUUUUUUUGUUGGUUCCUCAAUUGUAUUUCGGUUUCUGAGUUAUCUAAUAGAACUGGUUCUCAAUUGGGUCCUUGAAGAGUUGCUCAGGCAUCUGAUAUCUCAUACAGCACAUAAACUGGUUGAAAUAGCACUAUUGAAUAUCCUUUCAAUCCAAUUUUAUGGUGAAAGAGGAAAUGAUGGUUGCAAUUUCAUUGUUUGGAGAAAGGAUGAUGAAGCUAUAGGAAGCAGGACGAGCAUUAGGUUCUGUUAGUUGAGAAGAAGAUGGCUGCAAAGCUUCUACAUUCAUUGGCAGAUGACAAUCCAGAUUUGCAGAAGCAAAUUGGAUGCAUGACUGGGAUUUUUCAAAUCUUUGAUCGUCAACAUAUGCUUACCACUAAGCGCCUGAGCCAAAGGAAGCUUCCUGCAGGUAAUUCCCACUUGAACAAUGGAAUCCUGGAAGGAGAUUCAAAAAAUGCAUACCAUCGACACACAACAACAGAAAUGAAUAUAAACAGAAGCGUGAAUGAGAAACAAAGAAUCUCCACAGAAUCUUCAAGAGCCUCUUUUUCAUCAUCAUGCUCAUCUUCCUUGUCAUCACUGGAUUGUAACAAAACAGCUCCACAAGAGGCCUCUUCCUUUGACAGAAUCCUUUUUCCUGAAACUCGCUUUAGGGACCCAGUGAUGAACCAACCAAGUACUUCUCCACGUUUAGGGUCACAAUGCCUUGACAUCCGAGAUGUGGUCAAGGACUCAAUGUAUAGAGAAGCCAGAGGACUACUGGAUAAAACAACAACCAGGGAGGAAGUAUCGGGCAGUACUGUGAAGCAUAGAGAUUCACCGAGACCAUUUCAGCUUCCUAAAUCAGCGAAUGGGUCUUAUGGUGUUGGGAUCAACGGAAAGAAAAAUGUGCAUGCUGAUCUGAAGGAGUCUCUUAGAGUUCUUGCAGAACUCCGGGAAACACCUUGGUAUUACAACAAUGAAGCUAGAGAAUUUCGAAGAUCAUCACAUGAAGCAAAUGGCUUAUGGAAUUCAAUUUCAAGGGAUGCCCCACGAUUUUCCUAUGAUGGAAGAGAGAUUAAUCGUUUAUCUUUUGAAUCACGAGACACCUUCAAAUCAACAUCAAAGGUAAAAGAGCUGCCAAGACUUUCUUUGGAUAGUAGAGAAAGGUCAAUGAGGGGUGCAAAUUACCUUACUAAAAGUUUUCAUAACAGUUGCAACUUGAACAGCAGAGUUACUAAUCCACCGCAAUCACCAGGAGCCCAGAAGCGCCCUCCUAAUGUUGUAGCCAAGCUGAUGGGCUUGGAACCAUUGCCAGAUUCUUCCUCAGUUGGUGAUGCUCAGUUGGGUGUGGUUAAAACCUGCUCUGUUGAAGAUAAAAAUCCUUUUUCACAGUCACUAAGAGCAAAUGAUCUGAACUGGCAAACCAGAGCUUCUAACUCUACACGAAGCUCAGUGAAAGACCCAACAUCACCACGGUGGAAAAAUCCUGAUUUGGUCAUGAAACCUAUUUCCAGUUCAAGGUUCCCAAUUGAACCAGCACCAUGGAGACAUGUGGAUGGAAGUCGAGGUUCUCAGAGACAACCUCUCAAACAUGUAAAAGUUCCGGCCGAGACUCCAUAUUCUUUCCCUUCAGUUUAUAGUGAGAUUGAGAACAGACUGAAAGAUCUAGAGUUUAAACAAUCUGGAAAGGAUCUCAGAGCUCUUAAACAGAUAAUAGAAGCAAUGCAAGCAAAGGGACUCCUUGAGACCAGGAAAGAAGAACAAACUGCAAGCUUGGUGACUCAAAGAGACUAUGAACCAAAUUGUACAAGCCCCAGUCAGAAUCUGAGAGGCCAGCGAAGUCCACAGAACACUCGCAUCACCAGUUCGCCUACAAGGGGUUUAGAUUCUAUUAGAACAUAUGAAUCUCCAAUUGUUAUCAUGAAACCAGCAAAACUUGUUGAGAAAGUUGGUAUUCAUGCUUCAACAGUAAUUCCAAUAGAUGACUUUUCUAGUAUCCCCAAGAUUCAGAUUGGGGUAUCUGUAGAUAAUAAACAAGGUUCAAUAAAUAGUCGAGCAGCUAGAGAUCAUACUUCCAGAAAUGGUCGUAGUGAUUCUGCUGCCAGCUCUACUGAUAAGAGAGUUAGUAGCAGGAAUAUUAGGCCUAUACAGUCUUCAACAAAACCUCCAAAAGAAAGCACCAUGAAUUCAGUAAAGAAUUCAGGAUCUGUGAGCCCAAGACUGCAGCAGAAAAAGCUUGAAUUGGACAGGCGAUCUCGUCCACCUACUCCUCCAUCUGAUCCAAGCAAACCCAGAAGGCAAUCCAACCAGCAUUCGUCAGAGUCAGGUUCCUCUGGUGGUAAACAUAGACAAAAAUCUCAGAACAUGCAGCAAUGUGAUGACCAACUGAGUCAGAUAAGUACUGAAUCAUGGACUUCAAGUCACCAAGGAGAUGACAUUUCUGUGCAAUCAGACAGCAAUAUUAUCUUGGAGUCCAAGUUAAAUGUGGAAGUCACCUGUCAUGAACGAACUAUGGAGAUUAAUGAUAGUCAAAGCCCAUCCAUGAAGGCUGUGAAGUACUCAAUUUCUGGCAUAAUGCAGAAAAAAUCAACAUCAAGACUGGUUGAAGAUGGAUCGGAGGCAGAACUUGCUGUGGUUGCUCCAGAACAUCCAAGUCCAGUUUCUAUUCUUGACACCUCAAUUUAUAGAGAUGAUGCACCAUCUCCAGUAAAGCAGAUAAUGAACACCCCUGAAGGUUAUAGUGCUGAAGGUUUCAAUGAUGAUCACAAUGAAGAGCAAUGGAUCCCUGCAGAUAAGUGUUUGUCUAGCAACGUGGGGUCAGGUCUUACCUCAGAGAUUAAUCGCAAGAAACUACAGAACAUUGAGCAUUUGGUCCAAAAACUUAGAAGACUGAACUCCAAUCAUGAUGAAGCCAGUACAGAUUACAUUGCAUCACUUUGUGAGAAUACAAAUCCUGAUCACAGAUACAUUUCUGAGAUAUUAUUAGCCUCUGGCCUUCUACUGAGAGAUGUUGGUUCUGGCCUGACAACAUUUCAGCUCCAUCCAUCAGGCCAUCCUAUUAACCCAGAGCUGUUCUUUGUUUUGGAGCAAACCAAAGCAAGCUCUUUGUUAUCAAAAGAAGAGAGUAACGCUGGAAAGGUUUCCCAUUCAAAGCCAGACCAUGAGAAAUUCCACCGGAAGCUUAUAUUUGAUUCUGUUAAUGAGAUUCUUGUCAGAAAGUUGGCUCUAGUUGGGGCGUAUCCAGAGCCAUGGAUUUAUUCUGGCAAGCUGGCAAAGAAGACCCUCAGCGCACAAAAGCUUCUAAAAGAAUUAUGUUUGGAGAUAGAGCAGCUUCAAGCCAAGAAAUCAAAGUCCAACCUGGAGGAAGAGGAGGAUGGUCUGAAAAGCAUCUUGUGGGAAGAUGUAAUGUGUCGAUCGGAGAGUUGGACAGAUUUCAACUGUGAGAUUUCCGGGAUGGUGCUGGAUGUUGAACGCUUGGUCUUUAAGGAUUUAGUUGAUGAGAUUGUGAUUGGUGAAGGGGGUGGUUUACGGGCCAAGCAAACUAGGCGACGGCAGCUGUUUUCCAAGUAAACUGUUUGCAAAAUGUCGUCUAAUUCUUCUUCAUUCACCUUUGUUCUUCCUCUGUUUUGAUUUAAAUUUUUUGUUUUUGCAUGAAAGCAUAAUAAUUCAUGGAUAAGAAUCAAGAACUGUAUUCCUGUUUUAUGUCAUGAAAAAUGUUACCUUCUCAGAUUAUGACACCAUACCUAUUUGUAAGAACAAGUAUAUGAGACCCUUUGUAUAUGAGCUCAUAUUUUACGCUAAUCUUAUUCCUGGUGAUCAGCUUAUAGCCUAUGUUUUGUUCUUUGUCU